AUGUGUUUGCUUGUCGCGCAUCUUCUGUUUGCACUCUCAGGCAUCGCUACCUCGCACACAAUCCUCACAUCUCUACCUGGUUUCAAUGGAACUCUACCCUCCAAACUCGAAACAGGAUACGUGGGUGUAGGUGAAUUAGACGAUGUGCAACUUUUUUACAUCUUUGUGGAGUCGCAGAGGAACCCAGAACGUGACCCUCUUAUGCUUUGGCUCACCGGUGGCCCCGGCUGUUCCACUCUCUCUGCAUUCUUUUACGAAAGCGGUCCUCUAAUAUUCGACAUCGUAAAUUACAAAGGGGGCUUACCAGCACUCACUUUAAAUGAAUAUUCGUGGACGAAGGGCCUCAACAUAAUAUAUCUAGAUGCACCUGUUGGCUCUGGAUUCUCUUACUCAACAAGCCAAGAAGGUUACUACAUGGAUGACUACCAAUCAUCAGCACAAACCUAUGAAUUUCUCAGGAAGUGGUUGAAAGAUCAUCCUCAAUUUUUGUUACAUAAUCUCUACAUCGGUGGUGAUUCCUAUUCGGGCAUACCUCUUCCCAUGAUCGUCCAAGACAUUAUAAACGGUAAUGCAGCUGGAUCGGAGCCAUUCAUGAAUCUCCAAGGGUACAUUCUUGGAAACCCAGUGACCGAUGCAUAUCUCGAUGACAAUUCUAGAAUCCCAUUUGCUCACCGGUUAACACUCAUUCCGGACGACCUCUAUCAGUCAGCAAAAACAAGUUGCAAUGGAGAUUAUAUUAAUGUUAUUCUUAGUGGGCAAUGUGAAACAGACAUGGAAGCAAUCGAUGAGUUGAUCCUCGAAAUAAAUUUAGCACAGGUUCUGGAGCCCUAUUGUGGUAUGACAGCAACAGCAAGACCUCGUGAAUUAAGUCGGCGUCGAAGAUCUGUCAAAGAGCACUCCAAAAUUUCUCUCAUUUCGCAACCUAAUGAUGUUCCAUACUAUUGUCGCGUAAAUAUUAAUCCGAUACGUGCCGGUUGUGAUAUAGGUGUUCGAAAAGCACUUCAUGUUCGAGAGGGGACAAAAGAAGUUUGGCAGAGGUGCAAUGCUACUUUGGCUUAUAUAGAGGAUGUAACUAGUAGUGUAGCUUACCAUCGAAAUCUAACAAGAACAGGACUCAGAGCUUUGAUAUACAGCGGCGAUCAUGAUAUGUCAGUUCCACAUAUCGGUACACAAGAAUGGAUAGGUUCUCUCAAUUUAACCCUCGAUACUGUAUGGCGACCAUGGUUUGUGGAUGGCCAGGUUGCAGGAUACGUUAAGAAGCUUGCAAGAACAAACUAUGCUUUGACAUACGCAACUGUGAAGGGAGCCGGUCAUGUUGCGCCAGAGUACAAGCCCAAGGAAUGUUACACCAUGAUUGAUAGGUGGUUUGCUUUGUAUCCUCUCUAA